AUGGAUAAUAACGAUGAUUUAUGUGGUUUUAAACAUUCAUGGAAGAUUGAACAUUUCGAACACCUUUUAACGCAAGUGGUCGGCCUAAAAUUUUAUUCCGAAGUCUUUUUCUCCCCUGGAGUCAAGAUCUCAGACCCUUCAUUUCCUUGGCGUCUUUUGGUCACACCGAAACUUGAAUGGAGUCUAAAUACCAUUAAUGUGUACCUAGAAGCUAUACAGUCCCCGGCUGAAGUAAAAAACAAUACUCAAAUUCGUCGAAUGCAAUUCCAAAUUAAGGUUUUUAGGGUAGAUUCCGAACGAGAGGGAGACAAAGAGCGUAAAAAUUUAACUUUACUCGGCUCAACACUAAAAAGAUCUCAAAACUUCAUGUUCGACCAGCACACCACUGGCGCUGGGAAAACUGAUAUUUGUCGACAUGAUAUGAUUUGGCCGACCAAAGAUUAUACUGCUCGAGCGGAUUUAGUCAUCCAAGCGAUCAUCGCUCAUCUAGAGGAAGAAGACCACUCAAGUGAUGAUGACAUGGCAUUUUUUACCAGCGGACGUUUUGCAGAUAUUACCUUUACCUUUUCUACUGGCGAAAAGAUCCCUGCGCACCGUCUCGUUCUUGCAAAAGGGUCUGAAUAUUUUAAAAAUAAACUCAAGAAUGAAUGGGCAAGCCCCAAGAAUACGAUUGAAAUAACCGAUAUUGAUUAUGAAACUUUUUAUGCUCUUUUACACUAUAUAUACUCUAAUAAAAUUAAACCAGAAUUAUCCAAAGAGGUUUUAGAAACACUGCACUCUGAAGCUCGCAUGCGUUCCAUGACGAGUCUCUCAGCAGCCGUGGUCGAAAUAUUGUUCACGGAUGUCUCCUUCGAUAAUUGGCAUGAUUACUAUCGCAGGGCUUGGACGUGCAAUGAUUCAUUUUUUCAAAGACUUGUGCUAAAUUACGCAAUUGAUAAUUGGGACGAAACUGUCACGGAUGAAACUAUGAAAAAGAUUCUUGACUGGGGCGGUUCAAAACCGGUCGACAAGCUAUUCAUGGCAAAGAAUUUAGGAGUAUAUGCGAUGGAGCAGUUUUAUGUUUGA